CCGCCCAAAACCACGUCCGCCGCGCCCGCCGCUUCUCCCCGCCGUCCGCCGAUCCUCUGGCGUCCUUGGCCGGCGCGGCGCUCCCUAUAAAUCCACGGCCUCCCCAGCCUCUUCUCGCAUCCCAUCUCGACCUCCCAUCCACCGCCACUCACUACAAGCCGAUCUCGAUCCGCUUCAUUACCUAUAGCGCUUUAGCCUUCAGCCAGCCGAUCUCUCAGAGUUGAUCUCACAGUACGUGCAAGCACGAGAGCAGGAGCAGAGCAAGAUGUCGACUGUGAGCCGUGCCUCCCUCGAUCAGAAGCUUGCCAUGGCCAAGCGCUGCUCGCGAGAGGCAACCCUUGCAGGAACUAAGGCGGCAGCUGUGGCAACCAUCGCCUCUGCCAUUCCAACACUGGCGAGCGUGCGGAUGCUGCCAUGGGCGAAGGCCAACAUCAACCCCACGGGCCAGGCACUCAUCAUCUCCACAGUUGCCGGGAUGGCCUAUUUCAUCGCUGCGGAUAAGAAGAUCCUCUCGCUGGCGAGGCGGCACUCGUACGAGGAUGCGCCGGAGCACCUCAAGAACACCUCCUUCCAAGGAGCCGGCCGCCCGCACCCAGCGUUCUUCAGGCCAUGAGACUACAUUUGUUGAGCUACCUCUCUUCGUCACUACUAGUAGUAUAUGCCGUCGAUGGUGUCUGAAUAAACUACCAGUCCCAGCUAUUAGCCCACUAAUCCUAGAUGGGCCCCUGCAAUUAGUUUGUACUGUUGGCGAUCCAAUUCAAAAGGAAUGAGACUUGCUGUUGCUGAUCA